GACCCUACACGCGCGCACGCAGGCCUGCACUUUCAGCGCUCGGGUCAUGCCCUCGCUGUCGUUGUGCGCCGCACGCCCCGGCCUGCUGAGCCAGUCACACGACUCGAGGUCGUGGAAAAGCGCGACGAGGACUUGUACGACUACGAAUACAAGGCCGUGUGCAUGGCCUGCGAUCCCAUCGAUGGACGCGAGAUCGCCAUGACGCCAGCUAUGCAGGCCGUCGUCGAUGGUAUCCAGCGAGCGACCUCGUCCGCGCGUCGCGACGAGGUGCAGGCAUGGGAAGAAGACAUCCGCCCCUGCAAGCACACACAGACACUCACGCAGGAGGCUGUGCAGCCUCCCGCCCUCGGAUCAGAAGCAUCCUGCUCACAGUGCGCCCUCACAUCGAACCUGUGGAUGUGCCUGCAGUGCGGCCACCUCGGCUGUGGUCGCGCCCAGUUCGGCGGCAUCGAGGGCCACAGUCAUGCCCUAGCGCAUUUCGAAGCAACGGGGCAUCCUUGCAGCGUCAAGCAAGGCACCAUCACACCAGAAGGCGCGGGCGAUGUCUAUUGCUAUGCGUGCAACGAUGCCGUUGUGGACCCAGCACUAGGCGCUCAUCUGCAGCACUUCGGCGUACCUGUGGCCACCCUAAGCAAAACAGAGAAGAGUAUGACGGAGCUGCAGCUCGAGCAGAACGUGCAGUUUGAUUUUAACAUGGUCGACAGUGACGGUCAGGAGCUCGUACCGGCCUAUGGACCGGGCAACACCGGCAUCCAGAACCUCGGGAAUAGCUGCUACCUUGCGUCGACGCUGCAGGCGCUCUUCGGCCUGCCCGUGUUCCAAGAACGCUUCCGCGAUCUUCCUGCGCAUGUCGCCACCUGCACGAGGCCGCCGACCGAGUGCCUCGAGUGCCAGAUGCGCAAAGUCGCCGAUGGCCUCGAGUCGGGACGAUACGCCGUGGGCGAGCGUCCGCUGGGAAUCAAGCCUGCUAUGAUCAAGGCACUACUGGGCCGUGGCCACUCGGAGUUCGCCAGCAUGCGACAGCAGGAUGCCGAGGAAUUCUUCCAGCACCUCGUCUCGUCCUUGCGUCGCCUCCCUGAGGCGAACAAUGACCCAACCCAGAGCUUCAGCUACGUGCUGGAGCACAAGCUGCAGUGCACGCGCUGCGGCCGCGUGCGGUACUCGGAGGAAGCCAUCGAGGCCGGCGUCGGACUGCCCGUCCCCGUGCACAAGAACCAGGACGCAUUCGAGCCUGUCUCCUUGCGCCAGAGCCUCGACCUGUUCACGGCCCCAGAGAGUAUUCAGUACGAGUGCCCUGCCUGUGCCUGUGCCGUCGAGGCCACAAAGCAGACACGCUUUGCCACCCUGCCGGAGACCCUUGUCGUACAGGCCCAGCGCUUUCAGCUAAUCAACUGGGUACCUCAAAAAGUCAACGUUCCCUUCACGGUGCCCCUCUCCGACACCGUCGACCUGGCGCCCUACCUGGGCCGGGGCCUACAACCCGGCGAAGAGACUUUUCCUGAGGCCGACGAAAAGCCCGCGUUCGAUCCCGACGCGGUGGCAAUGCUGACGGGUCUAGGAUUCAGUGAGCCACGCGCGCAGCGCGCCCUGCAGGCGACCAACGGCGAUGUGGAAGCAUCCGCCAACUGGCUAUUUGAGCGCGUGGACGAUGCGAGCUUGGACACUCCUCUCACACAGUCCCCUUCUGUUGACACCUCGGCGCUGGAGGAUAUGGGCUUCACCCGAGCGCAGGCAGCCAAAGCACUGCGCCUACAUGGGCAAGUCGAAGUCGCUGUGGCAUGGCUGUUUGAGAACCCAGACGAUCCAGGUGACACUGAGCCGCCCGCCACUCCGGCGCGCGCUGGACUAACUGAGGCACCUGCUCGCUACCGCCUUGCCAGCUUCAUCACACACCGUGGGGUUGUCCGUGCUCCGGACCAAGGCGAGCUGAGCGCUACGGGCCUAGCUCCGAUGGCCUACUUAUACUUCUUGCAGCGUACCUAG